UUCCUAGCUAGAAACCCCUGGGCCUCCUUUUUUUUUUUUAAUUGUGGAGGGAGAGGAGAGGGUUGUCUCUGCUCGGAGAAUCUGGGUUGGCUUUCAUCUUCUUUUUUGAUUUUAAGUAGUUCCCUCUAUGAGAACUGACUUCCAGGUGUUCAUCAAGUGAAACAGUGCUCCGUACGCUAGAAAUGAGAAAGAAUGACAGUUUCUGAGACUGACUAUUAUUAACGGCUCAUAGGUGCCCCCGCAAUUCAAAAUGCCUUUUAAAGUAUUUGAUACCUUCAAAGAAAAAAUUUUGAAACCUGGAAAGGAAGGAGUGAAGAAUGCUGUGGGAGAUUCGCUGGGGAUUUUACAAAGAAAAAUUGAUGGGACCAAUGAGGAAGAAGAUAACAUUGAACUGAAUGAAGAAGGCAGGCCUGUGCAGGCAUCCAGGCCACGCCCUCCGCUCUGUGACUGCCAUUGCUGUGGCAUCCCUAAGCGUUACAUCAUCGCCAUCAUGAGUGGGCUGGGAUUCUGCAUCUCCUUUGGGAUUCGGUGUAAUCUUGGAGUUGCCAUUGUAGAAAUGGUCAACAACAGCACUGUAUAUGUGGAUGGAAAACCAGAAAUACAGAUGGCACAGUUUAACUGGGAUCCAGAGACAGUGGGCCUUAUCCAUGGAUCUUUUUUCUGGGGUUAUAUUGUGACACAAAUUCCUGGCGGGUUCAUUUCAAACAAGUUUGCAGCUAACAGGGUUUUUGGAGCUGCCAUCUUCUUAACAUCAACUUUGAACAUGUUCAUUCCUUCUGCGGCCAGAGUGCACUACGGCUGUGUCAUGUGUGUCAGAAUUUUGCAGGGUCUAGUGGAGGGUGUGACCUACCCAGCCUGCCAUGGGAUGUGGAGCAAGUGGGCACCACCUUUGGAGAGAAGUCGGCUGGCCACUACUUCCUUUUGUGGCUCCUAUGCGGGUGCAGUGAUUGCCAUGCCUCUGGCUGGGGUAUUGGUGCAGUACAUUGGAUGGGCCUCUGUCUUUUAUAUUUAUGGUAUGCUUGGAAUUAUCUGGUACAUGUUCUGGCUGUUGCAGGCCUAUGAGUGCCCUGCAGCUCACCCCACAAUAUCCAAUGAGGAGAAGACAUAUAUAGAGACAAGCAUUGGAGAAGGUGCCAACUUGGCCAGUCUAAAUAAAUUUAAUACACCAUGGAAAAGAUUUUUCACAUCAUUGCCGGUUUAUGCAAUCAUUGUGGCAAAUUUUUGUAGAAGCUGGACCUUUUAUCUACUCUUAAUAAGUCAGCCUGCUUAUUUUGAAGAGGUCUUUGGAUUUGCAAUAAGUAAGGUGGGUCUCUUGUCGGCAGUCCCACACAUGGUGAUGACAAUCGUUGUGCCUAUUGGAGGGCAAUUGGCUGAUUAUUUAAGAAGCAGGAAAAUUUUGACCACAACUGCUGUCAGAAAGAUCAUGAACUGUGGAGGUUUUGGCAUGGAGGCAACCUUGCUCCUGGUGGUUGGCUUUUCCCACACCAAAGGGGUGGCUAUCUCCUUUCUGGUGCUUGCUGUAGGAUUUAGUGGCUUUGCCAUUUCAGGUUUUAACGUCAACCACCUCGACAUUGCUCCCCGCUAUGCCAGCAUUCUCAUGGGGAUCUCAAAUGGAGUGGGAACCCUCUCUGGAAUGGUCUGUCCCCUCAUUGUUGGUGCAAUGACCAAGCACAAGACCCGGGAGGAAUGGCAGAAUGUGUUCCUCAUCGCUGCACUGGUGCACUAUAGUGGUGUGAUCUUCUAUGGCAUCUUUGCUUCUGGGGAGAAACAGGAUUGGGCUGACCCAGAGUCUCUCUGUGAGGAGAAAUGUGGAAUCAUUGACCAAGAUGAAUUAGCUGAGGAGACAGAACUCAACCACGAGACUUUUGUGAGUCCCAGAAAGAAGAUAUCUUAUGGCGCCACCACUCAAAAUUGUGAAUUCCAGAAGAAGGAACACAGAGGACAGAGAGAUAUGACCCUCGAGGAGGGAGAACUGACGUCCUACCAGAACGAAGAGGGAAACUUCUCAGAUAUAUCCUAAUAUCUGAGAGGUGCUUCUGUCUUUUCCUCACUUAGAACCAUAAAGUAUCCAUACUUAUUGCCUUCCUCAGAGCCCAGCUUGCCAGAGGGCCACAUAUGGGGACACUUGAGGUAGGAGGGGAAAGGAAGAAGAUUAAAUAGCAAUGUAAAAAAGAAAAUAUUAUUCUGCAAUGACAUGAAUAUAGAGUUUGUUCUCAGUUGAUAAAAUAGUUUAAUACAUAUAUAUUUGGAUUGGCAGUUGACCCUUUUCUCAAAGAACUGAACUUAUGUGAAAAGGAAUGACUAGAAGAAUAAGGAAGACAAUAUCUUUUUGUUCAAAGAAACAUGGAAGGAAAUGGGGGUGUUUGAUCAAGAGGAGAGUAAAUGAUAGUUGCUACCACAUCUCAGAUGGCAGCCAUGCAGAGGAGGGUUUCUUAUUUCUAAUUCAGGGUACCAUUCUUAGAGGCCCUCUGUUGUGCCAGGUGCUUUAUAAACAUUUUUAUUUAAUCUCCAUGUAUUGAUAACACACAUUUAUUAUCUCCGUUUUACAACUAAGGAAACUAAAGCAACAAGACAUUAACUUGCCCAAGGUCAUCUGGCCAGGGCUAGUGCUGAGAUUGGCAAAGCCCAAAAUGAGUGGCAGUUGUACGAAAGAAGAUUUCAGCUCAGAAUAGGGAAGACAUUAUUAGUAAUGAAAAUUAGAAAUGGAAUGAAAUGUCUUGUGGGUAAUUCUCUUUGGGGUAGGUGUGGGGGAUGGGAGUGGCAGAGGGAAUUCAAACAUUAAAUGACUGUCUGGACUCUAAGAAACUUAGGGUCCUAUAUUAAUUGAAGAACCCAACCAUUUUAUAAAUUCACAGGUUUUUAAAAUAUUCAGGGUCACAAAUUAUAUGAGAGAUUCAAAUUAGUAAAGUGGAAAAAAAAAAAAAAGCUAAGCAAGAGAGCCAAAUUUCUAGGAAUCCAAUAGUUAGCAUGGCUGAAAAGAAAUAAACAAGGGGUUGACUAUUAAAUUUUAACCCUUUGUAAUAUCAAGAAUGUGGUUAAAUAAUGUUUCAAAUUACAAAUCUUUAAGACAUUUAAUAGUUUCAGAUGUAGGUUUGUGCAUUUUAUUAGAUAAAAUUGUCUUGAAAGAAUCUUCUGUUUUAAAAAAUAUGUCUUUAGCCUUUUCCUGCUUGUGAUUAUAUUAAGAAGUUUAAUUAAAUUGUACAAAAUUAUGGUGGAACUUUUCAUAAUAACUUUCUUUGGAAUGAUAUGCAGGGAAGCCACAACAAUAUAGCAGUAGUUCUACAGGGAAAUACUACAAUGAAAAAAACUGAGACAAUUAAACCUGUGUUGAAAAACUCAUCUUUGAUUGCAUCAGGCAAUAACGUGGGUACUCUCUACAUAUAUUUAAAAAUGUAAUGUG